CUCUCUCCUCCCCAUAAAUAUUGUCCACUUCGCCACACUUUCUCUUCACUCUCCUCUUGCUGAAUUCUGAUUCUAGUGCAAUGGCCAGGGACAUUGGAGUAGGUGGGCACAGCGACUUCCAUGCAAAGGACUACCACGACCCGCCACCGGCGCCGUUGAUCGACGCUGAAGAGUUAACCAAGUGGUCAUUUUACAGAGCAAUCAUAGCUGAGUUUAUCGCCACUCUCUUGUUCUUGUACAUAACUGUACUGACCGUGAUUGGUUACAAGAGCCAGACCGACCCCAACCUUAACACUGAUCAAUGUGGCGGCGUUGGUAUUCUUGGCAUCGCUUGGGCCUUCGGCGGCAUGAUCUUCGUUCUCGUGUACUGCACUGCCGGUAUUUCUGGUGGCCACAUUAACCCGGCAGUGACAUUUGGGUUGUUGUUGGCGAGAAAAGUGUCACUGGUGCGAGCCAUUUUGUACAUGGUGGCUCAGUGUUUGGGAGCCAUUUGUGGCUGUGGGCUUGUUAAGGCAUUCCAGAAGGCUUACUAUAACAGGUACGGCGGCGGGGCCAACGAGCUGGCCGACAGCUACAGCACCGGAACUGGGUUGGGCGCUGAGAUCAUUGGAACUUUUGUUCUUGUCUACACUGUUUUCUCUGCAACUGAUCCCAAGAGAAACGCAAGAGAUUCACAUGUUCCCGUUUUGGCACCUCUCCCCAUCGGAUUCGCUGUGCUUAUGGUUCACCUGGCUACCAUUCCGGUCACCGGAACUGGAAUAAACCCGGCUAGAAGUUUCGGAGCUGCUGUGAUUUACAAUCAGGACAAGGCAUGGGAUGAUCAAUGGAUUUUCUGGAUUGGACCUUUCAUUGGUGCUGCCAUUGCUUCAUUUUAUCACCAGUUCGUCCUCAGAGCAUCCGCCACUAAAGCUCUUGGGUCCUUCAGAAGCAGCUCCGCCAUAUAAUUUAUACAAGUUAUGGUGCAGGGAUCAAAGCAUUAUUGCUUCAUUAAGAGGCGCAGGGAAAGUUUGGAACUUGUAAAUUAUUAAUGCAUUUUCUGGUGAAUAUGUCAAUCGUGUUGCCUUGGUGUGCCCGGCACUGGUUUUAAAAAGCGCUCGUGUGUUGUAAUCUACUUCACUUUGCUUUGCGUUGUUCUAUUUGUUAAUAAUAUUGAUGUGAAAAAUUAAUAGCAAAUAUUUGGAUUGAGCAAAA